GAUAGUUUUGCAGUUCUACAUUUGACUUUUCAUCGAUCUGACUGCAGUGCACUUUUAAGCGAAAAAGUUAUUUUUCAAUUAUUUACCUGGGGAACUGUGAGUUUAAACAAACUUAGCCUGUUUAGUAGAACAUGAGUAAUUACCGAGGCAUUGGCGGCGGUGGCUUCCCGUAUAAAGUCAACCAAAACCGGAAUGUGAGCGCAUCUAUGAAUGCUGUACCACCACCUUCGUCGCUAAAUAAUCGUGGACAUCAACGCGGUGGUGGUGGAUAUCGUGCCGCUCCUGCAGCCUUGGCUCCUACUAAGUAUGGAUACACAUCAUUGGACUCAAUAAGUCAAUUUACCGCAUCACAGAAUCUUAUUGGUAAACGCAAGGGCGGACAUACCGAAGACGAUUAUUUUGACGACGAUGAGGACCAAACGCCAGAACAAGCUUACAUUCCAGCUCCCGGUUCACCGGGAUACGUCAAGAAACGCAAGGAUGAUAGUGAAUCUGAUGAGGAUCCUCUUGAUCAAUUUAUGGCCGGCAUUGAACAGCAAGUACAAAAGGAAAAGGUUCGUAAAGAGCAUUAUGUAGUUUCGCCAAUAGAAGAUGUGACAGGCACCAAAAACGCAAAGGGCGUACGUGGCGAUAUAGACGAUGAAGAUGACGAAGAAAGCUACUAUCGUUACAUGGAAGAAAAUCCUAAUGCGGGACUUCGAGAUGAUGGUUCGGAUGUUGAAAUAGAAUACGACGAAGAUGGCAAUCCGAUUGCGCCCCCUAAAAACAAGAACAUUGAUCCUCUACCUCCAAUUUAUCAUUCUGAGAUUGAAUACGAAGCUUUCGAAAAGAACUUCUACACGCCGCAUGAAGAAAUUGCAAACCUUUCCGAAGAACAAGUGCGUGAAUUACGGAAAACUCUGGGCGUUAAAGUAACUGGUCCAGAACCACCAAAACCAGUAUCGUCCUUUGCACAUUUCGGUUUCGAUGAGAGCCUUAUGAAAGCAAUACGACGGGCUGAAUACACUCAACCGACGCCUAUACAAGCACAGGCAGUACCUACGGCAUUAGCUGGGCGAGACAUAAUCGGCAUUGCAAAGACUGGCUCCGGAAAAACAGCAGCUUUCAUCUGGCCUAUGUUGGUGCAUAUAAUGGAUCAGCGUGAGUUACAGCAAGGUGAUGGACCCAUUGGACUAAUUUUAGCGCCGACACGUGAGCUUUCACUCCAAAUAUACAGUGAAGCUAAGAAGUUUGGCAAAGUAUAUAACAUCAAUGUAGUCUGUUGUUAUGGUGGAGGCUCAAAAUGGGAGCAAAGUAAAGCACUUGAGCAAGGUGCAGAACUUGUGGUAGCAACACCGGGUAGAAUGAUCGAUAUGGUAAAAAUGAAGGCAACAAAUUUACGGAGAGUAACGUUUUUAGUGCUAGAUGAGGCCGAUAGAAUGUUCCAUAUGGGAUUUGAGCCCCAGGUGCGUUCUAUUUGCAAUCACGUGCGUCCCGAUCGUCAAACAUUGCUCUUCUCAGCCACAUUCAAGAAACGCAUCGAACGCUUGGCACGCGAUGUACUCACCGAUCCAGUGCGCAUUGUGCAAGGUGAUUUGAAUGAGGCCAACCAAGAUAUUACUCAGUAUGUUUAUGUUUUUCCUAAUCCACUGCAAAAGUGGAACUGGCUACUUUGCCAUUUGGUGAAGUUCCUUUCCGAAGGAAGUGUGCUGGUGUUUGUUACGAAAAAAGCUGACGCUGAGACUGUGGCCAACAACCUCAUGGUAAAAGAAUACAAUUGCUUGCUGCUACAUGGCGAUUUAGACCAGGCAGAUCGUAAUAAGGUCAUAACACAAUUUAAAAAGAAGGAAUGCGAUAUACUAGUAGCAACAGAUGUGGCUGCGCGUGGUCUUGAUAUACCACAUAUACGCAACGUUAUCAAUUAUGAUAUCGCGCGCGACAUUGACACACAUACUCAUCGUAUUGGUCGUACUGGACGCGCUGGUGAAAAGGGCACAGCAUACACAUUGGUCACUGAUAAAGAUAAGGAAUUCGCUGGUCAUUUGGUGCGAAAUUUGGAAGGAGCUGAUCAGCAAGUGCCUGACGAUCUAAUGGAGUUGGCAAUGAAAAGCUCAUGGUUUCGAAAUUCACGUUUCAAACAGGGAAAAGGAAAGAAAAUUGCCAUUGGUGGUACUGGUUUGGGGUAUCGUGAACGUAGUAGUGGCAGUAGUAAUACUGUGAAAUCAAACACAUCAAACGAAACCUCAUCAUUUGCUUCUAUAAAUAAAUCACUGUCAGCUGCCGGACCGGCAACCGAUCGCUAUGCAGCAAUGCGGGAAGCAUACAAAGCACAAUAUAUGUCGCAAUUUCGCGCUUCUACUGAUCGCACCUGGGAAAAGACUGUGCCAGAGACUGGCGUAUUUGCGGCGCCAGCACCUGUAUUACCAGCCAUACUACCAGCACCGUCGUCAAAGUCCAGUGGAACAGGCAGUGCCGAUGAAAGUGGCAAAUCACGAAAGAAGAAAAGUCGUUGGGAUUAGAUAUUUGAAAUAGGUGCAGCAUAAUUAGCGUCAAGUUGUUGCAGCCAGAUGCAAAAAAUAUUUUGGUGUCUUUUGCAUUCUUCAUUAGCGCAGUAAUGAAAGUUUUGAAAUAUGUAUAUGAUUACAUUUAGCGUUGUGUGAAGGCUUCAGAAGACACAGGCACACACACACACACACACACACACAAAUUUCAUUCAUAUGGGCUUCAGUUCAAUUUCAACCAUUUUGCACUUUUUCAUUGAAAUAAUAAGUAAGGCAAUGAAAAACAAAAAAAAACAAAAAACGAAAAUUAUAACAUGAAAGUAACCACAAUAUAAUCAUAGCUGUAAAGGACACUCUAAAUACAUUAAUACAUAGAUUUACUCGUUAUGUGUUAUAUGUCUUAUUUCUUUCUGCAAAUUAUUAAGUAUGUAUGUAUACAUACAUAUACUAAAGCGUGUAAACCUAGCCGCAGACUUUUUAAAAAUAAAUGCCAAUUAUUCUGCGAAAUCAGAUGCUGGACAUUUUUAUAGCUCACAGAUGUGUGUGUAAAAUCCAACUGUUUUUAAUAAAGUUUUUACUUACCAGUCAUUGUCAACAAUAAAAAAAAACGUUCGCAUUUUGAGUAAA